GCAGGCAUUUAGAGUAUCAGAUCUCGCUGUUCAUUUCACUUUGUUUAUACCUGUAGCACAGAUGAGAGAACCGACCUUUAGACUGGUUCGUACUUGGGGGUAUACACCGCUAGUACGUGCUUGAGUCGUGGUGAGAUGGUUGCAUCUAAUGUAAAGUGGAAGACGACUCUAGUGUCCUUCUGAGGUGAUUAUGAAUGGUAAACUUGCAAUGAUAACACUAGCUUUUGGGACGUUGUGGCUGUUACUGUGUACCGCUCAGUCUCGAAGAGUCAUCUCGCCUGAGCGGCCAGUUGUUCCCAAUGUGACUGUGACUGGACCGAGCGAGAUCAAGAUGAACUGGUGCCGAGUACGCUCCAACAACGUGGAAAUCGACCACUAUGAACUGUUCAUUGAUAAUGAGCUGGAGUAUUCGGGAAUCGAUGUGAUGUAUGUGGCUAAGCGCCUCAAACCUUGGACAGCUUACGAGAUCAAGCUGCGCGCGUGCGGGUUCCUUCCCGGAGCCUCGUGCUCGCUUUUCUCUCGACCCCUCCUUGUGAAGACCUUACCAAACAGAGAUAAUCGCACGACAAUCCAGUCGAGCGCGUCCGUGUUCAAGGUGAUGCUAGUGCCUACGUACAUGUUCAUUAGUGGCGUACUGGUGGGUGUACUGGUGGUCGCUAUGGCUCUAGUAUGGAGAUAUCUUCAGUGCAACGACACAUGGAUAAGUGCCCCCCCAUUCGAAGAACAAUACACUUAUAAUGUCGAACCUUCCGUAUACGGCUUUCCUGAUCUCGCCCCAUUUAGUGACACCACAACCAAGCUGCAUGACACAAUGAAUGGAGUAUCGGACUACGUGUUGGAUUCGUCACGACACACUCCCAACCAUACGGCGGUACAAGCGUCCGUGGCUACUGAUGGCUAUUGCGUUAUAACCGAUGGAGCAGAGGAUCGCCUUCCUUUUAAUGUUUCUGUCACUAAGAUGGACGACGAUGGCCAGCAAUUUCUACUCUCUAUAAGCGAUGCGCCAGCAAGCAUACCAGACGACGGGGACUGCGAUCAGAAGAGUCUAAGAAGAGACCGGUCUUACAGUAACAUUGAGGUCAAGAUAAUCAGCAACAGUUGCACCGUCAGAAGCGGACAGACUGAGCAAACACAUCACCUUAGGAACAUAUCCGCUGGUGGUACUUUUAUUUGUGCACAAGGGUCAAGUCACGUAACAGCCUUACCUGAUGCUUCAUCGUCGAAGAACUUGAGUACCACUGAACUCUCGAGUAGAGACACUAGUUCGGAGCAUUUUGACAAUCCAGGGAGUGUAUUCAGUGGGGAUACUAAAAUGUCACUACUCUGCCUCAACUCCGAUUUAGACAACUAUUUAGCGAGUUUCGACGAGCUGAGACAUAGUGAAGAAUACGAGGCUGGAGAGGCCGCUGACAGAAUCCGUAAAGGUGCUCAUAGUUCGUGCCAUGGACAAGAGAGAACUGAAGACACGAAAAUAAGCAGCGUCUCACAUGGAUCCACCGACAGGGGGUACCCUGGGGAUCAGCAUGGCAUCCAUACUGAUAGGGGGCUCACUUGGGUCCAGCAUGGCAUCGACGACAGGGGGUACCCUGGGGACCAGGUUGAUGUAGAGACCUACAGGGAGUACCCUGGAGACCAGCAGGGCAUCGUCUGUGUCAUAGACAACAGCAAUAUAUAUAUUGGAGCCCAGGAGUGCGCAAGUACAGUAAACGUCGGGGACAAAAAGCGACACGUGCGAGUCAAAUUGCAAAACCUAGUGCGAAUACUCGAGAGGGGAAGACCGAAGGACAGAUGUUUCGUUUGCGGCUCCAGUCCCCCCGCGACCGAACACGUGUGGGAGGUGUAUAGGCACUUGGGUUACAUCGUGGAUUUAGAAGAGAGGAGAGGAAAAAACGAGCAGCGGGUGGACGAAGGACUACAUCUCUGUAUUUACAAGGCCAUUUGCGAGUUGAGCCCACGGGUCCUGGUACUAGCCACGGGUGAUGGUACCACAGGAAAGUCCGAGAAUGCGACGAGUUUCCCAGGAUGCGCUACGAUGGCACUAGAUCGAGGCUGGCAUGUUGAGCUGUAUUCCUGGAAACACGCACUCAGCACAGAAUGGACUAAGCUGGCGAGGAAACACCCGGAUCGAGUCCACAUACACUUCUUAGACAAGUAUGUCAACCAUAUCACGUUUGUAGAUGGUAAAAACGGCAGGAAGUGCCUGCCACUAAGCACUGAGCUGGAAACAUUUGGCAGCCACAAUGCGCAGGGACUAGGACGAGUCAUGUACCACAACGGAUAGGUAUUAGCCUGCAGUCCGAGGAUACGGUCUUCCUGUGAUCAUGCUUGGGCUACCUGUGCUAUAUGGUGGCAGCUUGUGGACUACCUGUGGUUUCGCUGUUAGCAGACAGUUUAGAUAUAAAUAUUUUCAUGGUUUACUAACAAAACAAAAUUAAACCCCAGAAGCAUCACAGUUAUAUAAGGAUAUGUUUAUUGAAUAGCAAAGAGUUGAAUAUUAUUGUAUGACCCGAUUGUAAAUAGUAAAAACAAAAUAGAUUGGUCAAUAAAAAAAUACAUUGAGGGAA